UACAGAAUUGUUGGAUAACGCUUUAGUGAUUUCACUCCGUGCCUGAUUUCUUUGUCAUCCAGAACUGCUAGAAAAAACUAGGCUAAAUAAAACAUACGUCAUAUCUUUGACUGCGAACAACAUAAGCAAUAAAUAGAGGAUCAAUUACAAACCAAAGAAGUUUCGCUGUGAAAACCAAUCUUAGCACAUGAAAGUAUCUUCUUUUGGGCAAGGAUCAAGAAAAGGUGCGACGCAAAAGGCGUCAUAAAAUUUGCAAACCGGUUUUCGACACAGAAACACACUCGGCCGUUAAAGCUAUAAUUAGUGAAAACGGAAAAAUAUUAAAAACCGAAAUUUUUAAAAGAAGAAACAUGAACACCGGAAUCUCUCUAAACGAUCGCUUCACGCAGAUGCAGUCAAAACCGCUGCCACAGGGUCGCGGCCGCAGCCGUUCAAGGAGCAGGAGCCGGCGCAUCGUUGACAGCGGCGCUGGUAAUGCAGGAAUCUCGGCGGCCAACUCCCGCCUAUUGCAGGAGUUCAAGAGGCGGCACACCGUCCAGACGGCCCUCAAAUUGAAGCGCAGAAGCUUACGGACCAACGGCGUGACCGGACGCGGAGUCCGCGUUGGCGGCGUCAAGUCGCUGCGUUUGGCGCCCAAUGGAAAGCCCAUGCGGUCUAACAACGUGACCCGGGUAGCAACGAUGCGUGCCGAUCUAGUGGCCAGCAGCAACGUCGCCCGCAAUCGGCGCAGCGGCAGUAGCACCCGCCGUUUCUCCGUCUCCAACGGAGCAGGUGGUGGAGGCCUUCGUCAGCGACUAGGACAGCGCCGGCCAUCAGUGGGCGGUGCCGCAGAGCGCGUUGAGCGCCGUCAGCGACAGCAGCAGCAGCAAUCUCCACGUGGACGUUCCCGAUCGCGAUCUCGUUCUCGUCAACCACAACCACAGCGCGUGGAUGGACGUCGUUCCCAAAGCCGCGGACGCAGCGUAGGACGUUCGCAGAGCCGCAAUCGAGAUCGCUCGGCUCAGGGACGUGUACCGGUAAAACAGCGCCUUUCGGUCAAGCAUCGCCUCGGAAUACGUCCGGGCCAGGGAAACAACCAUGGCAACAACCAGGCCAAGAACCCACGACAGCGCCGGGCAUCGAGCCAACUCCGAGGUGUGGUCGGCGGUCGGGUGGAGAAGCGUCGUACCGCACAGGUUUCUCCGAAGAAGGGAGUCUCCGCCUCACUCGCUGGACGCCAGGGACGACCACGCGGAAGAUCUGCUGUAAGGAACGCUGCUGCUGGCGGUGGGGUUGCUAAUAAUUCUGUACCCGGACGUCGCUCACGGUCCCGCAAUCGUGCUGCCGUUGUCGCUGCUGCCGCUGCCAACGCUACCGCAAAGGGCCGGGCUAAUCCUCGUCAGCGACGUGGACGCAGUGCGGGCGCUCCCAAAGGAAGCAACAACAAUAGUAAUGGUAAAACCAACAAAUAUGCCAAGGGCAAGACGGCAAACGGUGGCAAACAGGGCCCGCAGCAACAGGGUCGCCGGGGACGCAGUCGUAGUCGUAAGCCUGCAGGCAAAUCACAGCCCGUGGAGGUGAAACGCGAGGAUCUUGACAUGGAGCUUGAUCAGUACAUGUCCACCACAAAGUCUGAGAUGGACUACUUGUUGAAGUAAACCGAAGUCUAUUGGAAACAUUUGAAGCCAUUAAGAAAAAUGAUAUAAAGAGAAUAAAAGAAAGCUACCACCGGCUAUAGGCAGAAAAUAUUUCUCUGAUUGCAAUAAGUUAACCCAUAGUUAAUAGUUAUAAUUAAGCACUAAAACUUAACAUUUUAAGAGCAAAAACGAGGUGCGCCUAAGCAUUUAGCUGUUCUUCUCGUGUACAUAUGGCAAGCUCUCAAACUAUAAAAGUAAUCAGGCCGAGAAUUGUAUAGUUUAAUCAAUGAUAUUGUUAAUCGCACUUUCUGAAAUAGAAAUUAUUCAUUGCUCAAUGAGUAAAAACAUUAAA